CUCCCCCCUCCUUCCCAUUCUCUCGUUCGGUUCUCCAUUUCUUCUCUUUUCUAGAAGCGAAGAUUAGUAAAACCUCUUUCCAAAACACUCCUCCCCAAUAUAAACUCCAGGCCUCCCCGACGAGGCACCCUCAGCCACCAAUCCCCACGAAUCCCACAGCGAGAAUCCACCCUCUCCCUCUCCGAUUUCCCAAUGAAGAGCCCACAUAUCUCCCGCGCCCGGGACUCCCCUCCGGAAACCGACCACUUCAAGUUCUUCUAUGACCCCUGUUCCCCGGCAGAGAUGUGCGCCGCCGAUGACGUCUUCUUCCAAGGAAAGCUCCUUCCUUUUGGAUCUCCGCCAGCUCCUGCACCCAAGAAAGAUAAAAUCUAUAAUCCUAGAAGCCAACCCCGCGAACAAAGGUGGCCGGAGACCGUCGAUGGCUUCAACCGGCCCCGCGGGCUCUGGGGCGGCGCGAACACGCCGGAGUACCAGAGGCUGAGGAAGGCCCCGGAAUCCGACGCGAAGGUCCUGCCGCCGAGAUCACGGCCGAGGUGGUACCUUUGUGUGAUCGGGACGGUGAGAUUGCCGGCGGCGAUGGAGAUGAGGGACAUCAGGAGCCGGCAGAGGCGGCGGAGCACCCCGGUGUCGGAGGCGGCCGAACAUUCCGGGCGGUGGAGCUUCGAGGGGAGCAAGUCGUGGAAGUUGCUCCGGUCGUUAAGCUGCAAGGGGGUGGAGAGCGCCGUCGCGGCGGCGCCGCUGAGACUCGUCUCGCACGUGUGAGGGAGGUGUGCCGGGCCGGUCUUGUUUCUGCCAUGGGUUGGCCAUUCUCUUGGCUAGUUUUUUCAUAGAAUUUAAAUCGCAUUAGGGUCACGAGCAGUGGAUGGAGGUCACGGAUUUGUAUCCAUGGAGCCGCUUUAGUGAUAGUCUAUUUAGAAAUUGAAUUUUAGUGAAAAAAAAUAAAUUUAACAUAUCUUGAUGAGUUAUGCGAUCUCAUUAGUUUUUAAUGAAUAUAGUUUGGAAGUUAUGACCA